CGCACCUUCGUCUUCGCGCGCGUGCCUGUUGGGGUCAUAAUUAACUUUAGCUUCUCAAACAGUGGCAAGUUCUCCCCCCCCACGGAAAACCACCAAAGCCUGCGGUUCAUCAUUACAGCACGACUCGCGGUCUGAGCGAAAACCAUCCGCGCGCCUGUCGCACAAUGAGCUGAUUGCUCACCCUACGAUUUUUCUUGUCCCAUCCAGUUAUCUUCGUCCAGGCAUACUUUCAUGAAGCGCCAUCCCUACACUCCUCGUGGCUCCAAAGUUCGGCUAGUCGACUAGCACUCCUCGGUCUCCUGACGUCCGCUCGUUGUUUAUUAUCUCGAGGCAGACUGGUGAACAAGACUGGGCUUCAAGCAUGGCCUCUCUAGGUCUCAGGCUGUCAGCAAUGACGCCUGUCCCUCGAAUGGCCCGUACAGGCCUGAUGGGCUCGCAGAGGAUUCUCGCGCAGCCUGUCUUCGAGUCGACCUCGGUACUACGAUCGCUUCGACCGAUGGCGCAUAACCUAGCUACCCCUAUGGGCUCCUUGCGUAUGCUAUCCAGCGGAGCGAGAUACAUCCCCAGCACAUCACUAUCAUCAUCGUCAUCAUCGCAUAGUCAUCGGUCUUUCGGCACUGUCAACGGGGUGCCUAGGAAUCAGCUCGCCAACAGUGAGGCAAACGCGAACCGGGACCCCAACAACGCCAACCUCCAGAAUGCCUUUUACGACCUCCUGCUUCGCGCCAACAUGCCUGGCAUCGUCGUCACCCGCCACCAGUCUGGCCGCUACGGCGCCAAUGCGGCCACUGAAGAACUCUACAGCCGGGCUCUCGGUGCCGUCCAAGGGGGCGGUGCCAUGUCCAGCACGCUCGGCACCGGGGGACACCAGCCUGUCUUCAACGCGGGCUAUGGUGGCGCCGCGGCACAAAAUCAACACUUGGGCAUGGGCGGCAUUGGUAACAUGACAGGAUCUGCUGCGGAAACCGAGCGUGGUAUUAAGGGCAAGCCCAUGCACGUUCUCGUACAUGAGUCUGCCGGAUCCAAGUUGUUCCGCUGGACCAAGUUCAUUUUUUCGUACAUGCUUGCCCUUUGGAUCUCCUUCUCGCUUAUGACUAUCGUCAUCGAGGUGCUCAACUCGUACCGUCGUCCCGGUGGUACACCGAAGAAGGUCGAUUCGGAGGUGACUUCGGAGAAGCAGACAGCCCGCUUUACCGAUGUACACGGGUGCAACGAGGCCAAGGAAGAGCUCGAGGAAGUUGUUGAGUUUCUGAAGCAUCCCGACAAGUUCUCGGACCUCGGUGCCAAGCUGCCCAAGGGUGUCCUGCUCGUCGGCCCUCCUGGUACAGGCAAGACGCUCCUCGCUCGCGCAGUUGCGGGCGAGGCUGGGGUCCCCUUCUUCUACAUGUCUGGCAGUGAGUUCGACGAGAUCUACGUCGGCGUCGGCGCCAAGCGUGUUCGCGAACUGUUUAGCAGCGCAAAGGCAAAGUCUCCGGCCAUUGUCUUCAUUGACGAGCUGGACGCCAUCGGCGGCAAACGCAACCCCCGCGAUCAGGCCCACUCGAAGCAGACACUGAACCAGCUCCUCACCGAGUUGGACGGGUUCGACCAGGACGCGAGAAUCAUCAUUAUUGCCGCCACCAACACGCCCAACAUGCUCGACAAGGCCCUGACGCGCCCUGGCCGUUUCGACCGUCAUGUGAGCGUUGACUUGCCCGACGUGCGUGGCCGAAUCGAGAUCCUCAAGCACCACGCCCACAAGGUCAAGCUUGCGCCCAACGUCGACCUCGAAGCCAUCGCGGCUCGCUCCCCGGGGCGGUCGGGUGCGGAGCUCGAGAACAUGCUCAACGUGGCUGCCUUGAAAGCAAGCAGGGCCAAGGCCACCAUGAUCUCCAGGCAAGACAUGGAGUGGGCAUUCGACCGCGUCACCAUGGGAUCCGAAAGGAAGUCAAUGGUCAUCACCGAGAAGGAGAAGGAGAUGACUGCAUACCACGAGGCUGGACACGCACUGGUCCAGCUCUUCGACAGCGAAUCCUCCAGCAAUCUCUACAAGGUCACCAUCUUGCCCAAGGGCAUGUCGCUGGGCCACACGGCCUUCCUACCGCAGAUGGACAAGUACUCGCACACAGCUGCGGAGUACUUGUCGAGUAUUCGUGUUUCCUUGGGCGGCAAGAUGGCUGAGGAGCUUCGGUUCGGCGACGACAAGGUCACCAGCGGAGUGUCACAGGACCUUGAAAGCGCCACUGAUUUGUGCUUCAGCAUGGUGUCCAAAUACGGCAUGUCGCAUGAGCUCGGUCCUGUCGAGUAUGGCAAGCGAUACGAGUAUCUUAGCUCCGACACACGUGCCAAGAUUGAGAGCGAGGUCCAGAAGACGCUCAAGAAGUCGUACGAGGAUGUGCGGCAACUGUUGACGGACCGCCGCAAGGAGCUCGACCUACUGGCGCAAGCGUUAGUCAGGUACGAGACGCUGGACAAGGAGGAGGUCAUGAGGGUGAUCAAGGGCGAGUCGCUUCCUAGUCGGACGCAGAUUCCCCCUGGUCCCAUGCUCAUGCCAGUGCCCAAACAAGAUCCUCUCCCACCAGGCGUCCCGCAACCGACGCCGCCCGAACCGCAAGAGCCGCCUGCUGCAGCCGGCAAUGCGUAGAGACGGACAGGGGAAGGCGGGAGAUUAUGGUGCCGCGGGUGAGGUUUGGCCCUCCUGAUGAUCCAGAGCUCAUCUGGGGGAUGUACCAGAAACACCGCCAACAAUCAUGUUGGACAGUGGGUAGCGAGUCUUGCAUUUCGAACGGCCAGCGGCAGAUGGGGAGACUGGUCGAGCGGGAGGAGGAAGGUCUCCUCUGGGGACGAGGCUAUGCACAGCCGUGUGAAUUCUACUUGUACAAGUUCGCAAUAUGAGCAUUAAGCGUGGUAAAUACUAUUCCCAUGUGUCUAUCAGUUAUCUGGUACUAUUCAUGGUGAAAUAUGGUAUCUGGUAGUGAGUGUGCUGGACAGCUCGUUUGGCUCUGCCUGAUCCGCCUACCCGGCAGCCUUGGACAGGCAAUUCAAUGAACCACCGUGGCGGCACUAUCGUAACUUACCCUCCUAGU